AUGGGCUUUCUCUACAGCCAGUUGUGCCAGUCUCUACCUCUCCCCACCCAAUCUCAUUUUGGCAAGACCGUCGUCGUCACCGGCAGCAAUGUCGGACUAGGCAAAGAAGCAGCCCGCCACUUUGCGCGUCAAGGAGCAUCGAGGGUCAUUCUGGCCGUGCGCAAUGUCGACAAGGGCCAAGCCGCCGUCGACGACAUUAUCAAGACCACGGGCCGCACAAAGGAGACGGUGCAAGUAUGGCCGCUAGACAUGGGCGACUACAAGAGCGUCGAACGGUUCGUCGACCGAGCAAAAGGGGAGCUCGAUCGGAUCGACAUCUUCCUGGCCAACGCCGGUGUCGCCACGAUGACAUUCAACACGGUCGCGGACAACGAGGAGAUGGUCACCGUCAACUUCAUCAGUACCUUUCUUCUGGUCCUGCUCAUCCUGCCGAAACUCAAGGAGACGGCCCGCAAAUUCAACACGAGGCCCACGUUGACCAUCACGUCCUCGGAAGUGCACGGGCAUACCAAUUUCCCCGAGAAAGCCGCUCCCACGGGACAAAUCCUCAACACGUUGGCCGACAAGGCCCAGGCAAACAUGGCCGAGCGGUAUCCCGUGUCGAAGCUGCUCGGGGUGUUUUGUGUCCGGGCGUUCGCGAUGCGGUAUCCGGCCUGCUCGUACCCUGUCACGGUGAACUGCGUGAAUCCGGGUCUCUGUCACUCCGAACUCGCUCGACACCUCGGUUUCGCCAUGGUCAUCAUCAAGGCUGUUUUAGCCCGCAGCACUGAAGUCGGAAGCAGAACGCUGGUCCAUGCUGCUUCGGCUGGCCCGGAGUCUCACGGCCAAUACCUCUCGGAUUGCAGAAUCACUCUGCCUAGCGAUUUUGUCCUGAGUGCGGAGGGGGCAAUGGCACAAGAACGGGUCUGGGACGAGCUCUUGCAGAAGUUGGAGUCGAUUCGUCCGGGGAUUCUGGCAGACCUAUGA